AUGUUCGAGGUUACUGUGUUCCACAACGAACACACAUGUAACUUGGAUUCUAGAAAUUCUGAUCACUGUCAAGCAGCACCGUGGGUUAUUGGCCACAUUAUUAAGGAAAAGUACACAUCAGAUGGAACUAAGUACAUGGCAAAAGACAUACAGAGGGAUAUGUUUAAGGAAUAUGGCAUCAAGAUUAGUUAUGAGAAGGCUUGGAGGUGCAGAGAGAAGGCACUUACGUAUGUGAGGGGAACGCCAACAGAAUCUUAUACAAAGUUAUAUGGUUACUUGUACAUACUGGAACAGAAGAAUUCAGAUACUAUUACUGACAUUGUGAGAGAGGACAACCGGUUCAAGUACUGUUUUUGGUCACUGGAUGCUUGUAGGAGGGGAUUUAAGUUUUGUCGUCCUGUGAUUAGUAUUGACGGAACAUUCUUGAAGACAAAGUAUGGGGGCACAAUGUUACUUGCUGUUGCGUACGAUGUAAACAACCAAUUGUUUCCGAUGGCCUUUGCAAUUGUCGACAGUGAGAACCACGACUCUUGGAAGUAUUUCUUGCAGAAGUUAAGGGAAGCCAUUAAGGAGGUUGAAAACCUUGUGUUCGUAUCGGAUAGGCAUCAGAGCAUUAAACAUGUUGUCGAGGUCGUUUUCCCCGAAGCAUGCCAUUGUUUUUGCUUUAAACAUAUUACUAUGAAUGUCACGCACAAGUUCAAGACUGAUGUAUGUAACACGCAAAUAUGGCUGGCAGCCUACGCAUGGUUGAAGACUGAAUGUGAUAGACAUUUUGAGGUGCUCAAAUGA